GCAAUGUAAAAAAUGGCCGCCGCACGGCCAGAGUGAAUGGAGAUCGCGGCUCCAAGAAAAUGGCCGCCGCGAUCUCGCGCGUGCGCACUAGUGAGGGGAGGAAGCCGUUUGGAUCUCGCGGGGAGCGCGAGAUCCAAGAUGGCCGCCGUGCGCACAGGGGACCGUUGGAGGCGUACUCCAAGGACCAAAAGCCCGGGAAAACGCGGCAAAAAUGCCGCGCGGAGAAAAACUGGGUUAAAGAG